AUGGCCCUGUCAGGUGCCCAGUCCCAGGUGCAGCUGCUGGAGUCGGGAGGGGAUGUGAGGAAGCCUGGAGACUGUCUGCGCCUCUCCUGCAAAGCCUCCGGGUUCACCUUGAGCAGCUUCUCCAUGCGCUGGGUCCGACAGGCUCCUGAGAAGGGGCUGGAGUGGGUCGCAAGUAUAAAUGCUGCUACUGCUAACCUCACCACAUACUACAGUGCUGCGGUGAAGGGGCGAUUCACCAUCUCCAGAGACGACUCCAGCAGCACAUUGUACCUGCAGAUGACCAGCCUGAGAGCUGAGGACACGGCCCGCUAUCACUGUGUCCUCUCUGCUGUGCAGCUGGUUGAGUCUGGCCCAGGGGUGGUGAAGCCUGCAGAGACCCUCACCCUGACCUGCACUGUCACAGGCGACUCCAUCACCACCAGUGGUUAUGCUUGGAGCUGGAUCCGGCAGCCUCCUGGGAAAGGGCUGGAGUGGAUGGGGUACAUAGCUGGAAGCAGUGGUAGCACAAGCUACAACCCAUCCCUCAAGAGCCGCAUCACCAUUUCCAAGGACAACUCCAAGAACCAGUUCUCCCUGCAGCUGCGCUCUCUGACAGCCGCAGACACCGCCACGUAUUACUGUGCCAGAGGCAACAGCUACACACUGGUUGAGUCUGGCCCAGGGGUGGUGAAGCCUGCAGAGACCCUCACCCUGACCUGCACUGUCACAGGUUCCUCCAUCAGUGGUGGUUACGGUUGGAGCUGGAUCCGGCAGCCUCCUGGGAAAGGGCUGGAGUGGAUGGUGAACAUAUAUGGAUACAGUGAUACCACAAACUACAACCCAUCCCUCAAGAGUCGCAUCACCAUUUCCAAGGACACCUCCAAGAACCAGUUCUCCCUGCAGCUGCGCUCUCUGACAGCCGCAGACACCGCCACGUAUUACUGUGCCAGAGACACAGUGACACAGAGCAGAGCAGGGGCUGCACAAAAAGGGGAAGCCUGUUCUUCUUAAUGUAGCAAAAUUACAACUGCCCAGACAAGGAAUUUUCCACCUGAAAACCUCACACACAUGGAGGGAAAUUCUCAUAGGAUCAUCCUUGGCCAUCUGAGGGUUGUUAUAAUUGGACUUAUA